GGCGAAGCUAUGUCGCGGCGGUAGUUUCGCGUCGUGCUACGUUUAAACAACAUUGGGAAGAACCAAUCGAGUGGAUUUACCUUUCCAAGCAGAAUCGGUGCCACCGUUGAAUCAAGUUCGCGUCGACAAUCGAAUUUCUCACUCGUAACGAUCGGAGCAAUAACUGUCUGAAUAAUUUGUUAUCUGUUUCACGCGAUACGAUUGUGCGCACGAUAUCCAACUACGAAAAUUUUUAAACACAAGUGUCCGAACCUCUGGUGUGAUUUUAGCGUGGGUGUGAUUUAUUACGAAUUUGGAGUACUACGUGACAGCAUUCUUUGUUCCCUUCAGCCGUGUUUUGAAACGUGAGUACGAACUUGAAUCGAGUAUAAGGAAUUUGUCAACUGUUACGAGAUGUCAAAUUAUUCCACCAGGAUGAAUUGUUGCAAAUAUUGAGGAGAAAAUUAUAUCAAAGACCCUUCAGGCUUAUUAAGCAAGUGGGACGAGGCGUAGGAUGGGCCCGACCGUGCGAGGAGUCGUUCUACACUGAAGAGGAGGAGCUCCCCCGAAGAAGAGAGAGAAGGAGGAAGGAACGAAGGAUGCCUGCCUCGCAAGCCGCCGCCACGGAGCGGCGAAAUGAGAGGAUGAUCACACACGAGCCGCCAAAAUUAAAGACCACCUUGAAAACACCUCCUAAGCAAGCAACCAAUCCUCUUCAGUUCGUAAAAGUUGGGCCAUGUUCCUUGUAUCGCACAGCUCAGGAACAGUUGCAAAAGGUCCAGGAAGUGAAGAAAAUAAAACAAGAGGUCCGCGACGAUCCGGAAGAUUGGCAAUCGAAUUUGGACAACUGGAAGAGCAGUCGAAGGAAGCGUCAGGAACACAUCAUCGAGCGGGUGGUCGAGGUGAAGAAACUCGAGCUGGAGGAACACGAUCGGCAGCGUCGUCGAAGCAAGACUUUCUCGGAAAUGAUGGAAGAGAGGGGCAAUAGGGGUCGCAAACUAAGCAUCAGCUUGGCCAUGUACCAUGAGGAAGAUGCCAAUGACCUCAGCGACCUUGGUAUAGGCACCAGCAGCGGCAAGAGCUCGGUUAGCGGCGACACUCACGAUGACACUCACAGUGUCCUGAGCGACAGAGACAGCGAGAUAGAGAAGAACCACUCGGACCUGGACACCGUGCCAAGUGAAAACGUGAUCAGCAACGACGUGACGCCAUCGUCGGCGGCGAUUAUGGCAACAUCGACAACGAUCACGAAAAAACCGUUCGGUAAUGGGUUCCACAGCAACCAUAAUCACAACAACCAGGAGUACGAUUCUGCGACGACGGCGACGACCAGCUCGCCGGAACCGGAAGAGUACACCUACGAGGGUGCGAUUCGCAGUUAUGUGUCGAGAGUGUCGCAGAACAUACCGAGAAGAUCGUUGGCCAGUUUGGACGCGAAGCUCGAGAACGCUAAGUCGUCGACGAACGCGUCGAAAACGAGUUUGAACGACGACAGCAAGCCCACCGUGCCGAUAGUCAAGGUGGACAUACUGAAGAGACGAGAGAUCUUCGAGAAAGCGUCGCAGAAGAACAGCGACAGCAAAACGAACAACAGGCUCUCCGGCGAUUUCGCCGGGACGAAAUCGAUCAAGGAAAGACUCUCGAACCUGGAGAAGCAGAAGCACGAGCCGGACAACGGCGACAAGACCGGUAAAACGAUGAACAGACUGUCGGGCGACAUGAGCUCGAUCCGCGAACGAUUGUCCCAUCUGGAGAAACAGGCUUCCGAGCGGGAGAGCAAGAGCUUGGCUCAUCGUAAGAUGAGCACGGAAGAAUUGGAGACGGUCAGACCGGUCAGACAAAGACUGUCCACCUUAGAAAAGUACAGUAGCAGCGACGAGUCAUCCGCGCCGGGUACCGCUCACGAGUCGCGACACAACGGAGAACUGUCCGCCAGGACGAUAAAGGAUCGUCUGAGCGCCCUGGACGCGGCUAGGAGCAAGGAAUCAGCUGACAAGAGAUCCUUCGUUGGCAAGCACUCGCUCUGCUUCCGGGAUCAGGAGAACAGAAUCGACACCUCCACUCCCAGCGAGAGAAGCUCGUCGCCAGAUUCGGAGUAUCGCGUGCCCAGGACCGCCUUCCACAGAAGCCUGGACUCUCUGGAUGCGGACGCUUCGAGCGGCCCGGACACUUUCGAGAGAGUGCAAAGCCUAGAGGAGCUGGAUUAUGGUAGACGUUAUCCAGCCUCAUCCUCGUCCGCUGAGCUCCUAAAUGAUACGGAUCGCGAGGAUUCCGGUAUCCACACGGCCGACGUUAGCUGUUCCGUCAGCCAAGCCGACGAACCGGUGGACGAAGACAUAGUGCACGUUGGUACAAUCAUCGAGAGGCAAGAGGUCAUCGAGGAGAAACCGGAGGAACAUCGUGACGCCGAGACGGCGAAGGAAACCGCGGAACAGAGCGUUGUGCCCGCGAACGAGAUCUCGACGAUUUCUGCCAGCCAACAGGAAGCAGUAGUAACAAAGAAGGGUACUGCUGACACUUCUGGGAAACUGUCGACUAACAAAUCGCAAUCACAGGCACACAUAGAGGUUACUAACUCUAGUACACAUCGUUCCUGUCCUGCCACGUGUCGCCCGAUUGUCUAUCAAAGUCCCAAAGUACCUCCGCGACGAACUCCUCCCGAAACGCCUCCCAAACCGAAGUUACCUGUGUCCAAAGAGCUCACCGAGACCAAAACAGAUUCCGUACCUACCAAGGAAGCAACCGUAGGGUCCAAACGUUUUACAGAGGAUCAGAAUCCUAAUUUCGUUAGCGACGAACAGGGCCAAAGCCUCUCGAAAGAGGACACGGCAAAAGUCACGAACCCAAAGUCUUCGAUACCGUUAGAUUCUACCGUUAUCGACGGUUGUCCCGUAUCACCCGCCAGGACAGCGAUAGUUCCAACAACCCUUCAGUUAGAGUCCAACUCUACCUCAGCCUCGAACAGUUCGAAAGAAGCGACAAAGACCACGCCAGUCACGUCUCCGCGGACAGCAUCAAAAAUUCCCACCCCGCUUCCUCGCAAGACGAUUGGCUCGAAAUCGUCACCGACAAGUUCCACGUCUUCCUUGAGCCCGCCUGUCUCGCCUUCCUCGCCCAAAACCCCGUCCCUGAAGACGAGAACGUCGAACGCCAAGAGUCCAACCAGUCAAACGUCGUUCCCUCAAUUUCCAAAAGCGUCGGAAAUACCGGUCCCCGUCAGUUCCAGCGGUACGGUUCCAACCAAUAUUCCAUCGGGCGUUCAUAUACCCGUGUCACCUUCCUCGAACCCGGAACAAUCGUCAUCCGUGUCCUCCGCGAAGCACGUUCCCUCCCACGCGUUCAGCUCGAAACACCAGGUGACGGUGGGUGAAGAGACACUGGCUGCAGAAAGACGCCGGACGGUGGUGGAAAUUUGCGAAAAGGUGGUGGUACCUCAGGGCAAGACACCUACGACACCUCCAGUGACACCGUUCAUCACCGUGGAUCGCGUGAAUCCGAAGCAGAGUUCAACAACCGAGGAACCGAUCGUUAUCGAGAAAGCGGACGAAGAGGAGGCAGCGGCGAUUUGCCAGCCGAGCCCGCCAGUCGAACACGAAGAGCACGAGGAAAAGGAAGCGCAGAUGAACGGGAAGAUCGAGGCUCCCGAGCAACCGUCGCGAAUGUCGAUCGAGGAAUCGAUCGACGAGCACGAUGCACCUGAGACCAUCGCGUCCACGAACGUCCCUGCGCCUGAAAGACCGACGACCUUGACCCUCGCCAACCAAGAAAUCGGCAUGAUGGACACGAUCGGACUCCUCAGCCCGAUGUCGCCCAUCUCGAAACAGAUUUUGCCGUUAAAUUUAUCCAGCGACGAGGAGAUAGUCACGGGGCUAGCGUUUCCUCUGGGACCACCAACCAGCGUGGAACCACCGAAGGAAAAGCCACCCCCGCCACCGGUGGAUGUCAGCGACGAAGAGAGUCUUCCGAUAGAACCGUUGAAGAGAUUGAAUUCCACUCGUAGAAUAAAGAAGGAACUACGCACGAGGCGCUCAGAUUUUCUUGGAAUCGAAGGGAUAAACGACGACGACCUGGAACGCGAACUGACGCUGACGAAGCCGCCAGACAUGGCGAUGAUCCUCGCGGAAGAAAGGCGCAUCGAGCAGCUUCAUCGUCGGUCGUACGACACGGACAGCAACUACGAGCAGGACUCCAGCCACGAAAGGGACUCUGGUGUCGAGUUGGGCCACGCAGAAGACUGGUCGAAGCAGCCGGUCAGCCCUGACAUGUCUCAGCACAGUCGUCAAAGCAGCGAACCGUUCGGCGCCAGCGUGACCUCGUCCGAAGAGGACGAGAUCACGAAGAAAGAACGGGAGAUCAUCGAGGUCCUCGAGAAAGAGGAGCAGUGGCGGUACGGCAACAAUUGCGAGAUGAACAGUGACUUGGGGGAGAAAUUGGCGCACAAGCUGCGCGAGCUCGAAGAGGAGAAGAUGCAGCUGGAGCGGGAACGCGCCCAGGAAGCAGCCCUUCGUCGACAGAAGGAGACCCUUCGCAAAAACGAGGACAACCUGCGCAAACAGGAGGAGGCGAUACGUAAACAGCAAGAGGAGACCGCGCGACAACAAGAAGCGGUCGAGGCGGAGGCAAAACGCGCCGAGGAGAAGAGACAGGAAGAGGAACUGAGGGCGCAGACGGAACAGCUGAGGAUCCAAAAUGAAAUCGAGGAGGAAAGGAGGGCAGCGGACGCUCGUCGCAAAGAAGAGAAACGCAUUAGGACCAUGGAGUGCCAAAUUCGCGAGCAAGAGAACACAACAUUGGUUGGUGCUGGGUUGAACGAUCAAGAAGACGAGUUUGCUUCCGGGGAAGUUCUCAGAGUGGAAAGAGAAUUGCUCCAGUUGGAGCAAGAAGAAUUGAAACGACAACGCAACAACCUGGCGUAUCGCGAACAGAAGCAGCUAAAAUUGGCGGAGCAGCUGCAGGAACAAUGGAAAUCAUUGCAAGACGUUGCUCACAGUUCUGCGAAUAACGUUCAACAGUACAAGAAUCAGCCACCGGUGAAUUACAGGUCAUCGAUGCCUAAUCUUCAGCUUCAGGACGUGCAAAGAAGAAGACCACCCCCGCCACCGAUACCACCGGCGAAACCGUUGCGUUUGGUAGAACAGAGACAACGAGACGUUACUAUCAGGAACAGCAGAAUCCCGUCCGCUGAUUCGAUUCCGCAGCAAGUGGACGCGUCUUUGAGACACAGUGCAUCGGUCACGACGCUUUCCAGCCAUGCGGGUCAACAGAUGACCAGGCAGACGUUGCAAGCACUUAGUGCAGUUCCUCGACCACGAAUCGUUCAGAGUGACCAGUGGGUCCAACGAAGGAAGAGCGACGUGCCGCGAGGCGCUCACGAUUUGAACUACCAACACUGGCUCAUACAAGAAGCGGAACAGAGAAGGAUUAGCGAGAAAAAUCAGCGAUCACCGGCGCGGAAAUCUCAAAUGCACGUAACAGGAACGUCCGUUCCUUACGCCAUGGCCCCAACUAGAACGGACAGUAAACCAUUACCAGAUUCCAUCAUACAGACUCUUACGCAAAGAGUGCAGAACAGAGCGCAGGAAAAGCCACUGCCAACGAGAAGAAGGCUCGAACACAGUACCAGCCACGAGCACCUUUCCGCGUUGCAGCACCAAUCGCCGCAACACGUUUUGCAACAACAAAAACCUCAACAACCACCUCCGAUGAACCCUGAGAAUCAGGAGAAGAUGCUGAGCGUCAGCGGGAAGAAGAAGUGCUCGCACUGUGGGGAUGAAUUAGGUCGAGGCGCAGCGAUGAUCAUCGAAAGCCUGCGAUUAUUUUACCAUAUGGAGUGUUUCAAAUGCUGCGUAUGUCAUGUGCGACUCGGCGACGGACUAAUGGGAACAGACGUGCGCGUUCGGAAUCACAAGCUCCACUGCCAUAACUGCUACUCCAGUGACGACGGUGUCAAGUUCAGUUGCGUGUGAGACCACGGAGCAGUGGCUAAUGGGACCACACUAACUUGAAUAUAGCAUCUUCGGACUAUAUUUUAUAAGUUAUAGUUGACCAUUUGGCUACCCGGUGACGCGCGAUCGUGACGCCAACAAUUUUCUUCUUUCUGUAUAUAAACGCUAACGGAUGGAACGAAUGGGAAUAUUCCUUCCGCGGACUCGAACCGGAAGCGGAACGUCGAGAUUUCACGCGACGUCGAUUUUUUUUUUUCAUCGUGUGACCGUAGGACGGACAGAGGGAAUGUAAAUAAUCGUGUAUUUAUGUAAUUAGCGUAAAGAUAGGGAACUAACGAUACGACAGAUCGCGUGGCAGCUGUUGUCGGCCAUUAUUAAAAAAUGCGUCGUGCGAGAAUUUAGCGUAAUAUCGACGAGAGUUCACUGUAUAUUUUUGUAUGAUAGUUAUCCCGUGGUAUUUAUGAGAGAAUCCCCAAUGCGUAACGGCUAUAAUAACGGAAUAUUUCCCAUCUACAAGCCCUCGCUACACUGUCCUCUAUUCUCGGAGCUUUUUUUUUUCUCUAAAUGCUUGGCAAAUCAGUAGACCCGUUCGAAUGAAAUCGAACGAUCGUCUCUCCUUCUACGGAGAUCGUUUAGAUUCUAGUUGAUUCUAUCGCGUAAUACGGUAAUUAACUGUAGCUGUACAAUCGAGAUGCGAUUUCAAGCGCGAGUUUCUUUAUUUUUGGUUUUUUUUUUCUCGAAAGCUCGAUGCGUCGCGAUACGACAAUGGUCAAAUUCCCUAGCGAUCGAUGAUAUUCGUCGUGUGCAUUCGUCGUCGCGUCGAGGACGCAUAGUUACUAUUGUGAAAUAUUGUAUAAUAUGGUCUCGCGUUAUCGCAACAUGUAAUUUUAUAUUAUCGAGAAUAAAUGUUU